AAAGUCAACAGCUCAGUCACUGGAAGCAGCAGCAGCACAGUUGUGAACAAUACAGACUCGAGUAGCCGGAACGACGAUGAAGGUGUUCGUUUUGUUGGUAGCCGCUUUGGUUGGAUGCGCUCAGGCCGUCGUCGAUGGAGAGUUCGCCGAAAAGGGCCAGUUCCCGUAUCAGGUGGCGCUAACUCAGAAGGGCAAGCUGCGCUGUGGAGGUGCACUGGUUCAUGAGCGAUUCGUGCUGACCGCUGCCCACUGCCUGUUCGAUGGAGAGAAUCAGGUUUCGGAAAAGGGACUCCGUGUGUUCUUCGGAAGCGAACGAUUGAUGAUGGGUGGACAGUUCCGCAACGUGAAGACCGUCCACGUUCACGAGGAUUUCGAUCGAGGAACUUUCAAGUACGAUCUGGCCUUGUUGGAACUUAACAAGCCAGCUCAGUUCAGUGAAACCGUUGAGGCCGCAACUGUUAGCGAAACGCCGUUCGGUUUGGAAGAAUCGGUUACCUUCUCUGGAUGGGGACGUACUGCUGAUGGUGAGAAUACUACCUACAAGCUGAAGCACACUGCUUUUACUGCUCUGACCACCGAAGAAUGCCAGAACUACUUGGGUGAAUCAUUCUACGAGGGCGCUCUGUGUUUCCACAAUCAGGAAGGCCACAGCAGUGCCUGCUUUGGAGACUACGGAGGCCCAGCUGUUUUCGAGAACACCGUCGUCGGUGUUGCCAGCUACACUUUCGAAGGCACCUGCGGUAGCGAACACCCAGACGUGUUCGUAGAUGCCGGAUUCUUCCAUGACUGGGUCCAAGAAAAGCUCGUCGACUAAUUAUUUUCAAGUACUUUAUUUUUCGCUAAUCCACUUAAUAUCUACGUUACUAUUUACAUGAUUUGUUGUUGUACUCAAUCAAUCAUCGAUCAAAUAAAAACACGACUACGGUCAUUAUAAUA